AACUGCCUCCCAUUUACGUUCGCCGCUGUCCUGUCCGGCCGACCGGUGUCUGCUCCGCGCUCCGCGGCGCUCCCACCCCGAACCCCCCGAAAAACCUGCAACUCCUUCGCUCACCUCCCUCUCCCCACCCGGCUACCGGUCGACCUCCUUCCCCACCCCCUCCACUCCUUUCCUCCCCACCACCACCACCACCACCUUCCACCCGGUGAAUGCACCAGCGGCCGAAAACAUGACGGGCAUCGCCGCUGCUUCUUUCUUCUCCAAUUCCUGCAGGUUCGGGGGCUGCGGUCUCCAGUUCGAGACUCUCGCCGAGCUCAUCGUCCACAUCGAGGACAAUCACAUCGACACAGAUCCACGGGUCCUGGAGAAGCAGGAGCAACAGCAGCCCACUUAUCUGGCCCUAAGCUACAUCAACAGGUUCAUGACAGAGGCAGCCCGCCGGGAGCAGGAGACCAUGAAGAAGAAGGCCGCGCCCAAACUGUCCCUGUCCCUCACCGGCGGAGUGUCCAGGAAUAGCACGGCCACGCCUCCUCGACACACCAGCGGUAACCUGACGCCUCCCGUCACCCCCCCCAUCACUCCCUCCUCCUCCUUCCGCAGCAGCACACCUACAGGUACGACAGGCAGUGAGUAUGACGAGGAGGAGGUAGACUACGAGGAGUCGGACAGCGAUGAGUCGUGGACCACAGAGAGCGCCAUCAGCAGCGAGUCCAUCCUCAGCUCCAUGUGCAUGAAUGGGGGGGAGGAGAAGCCGUUCGCCUGCCCCGUCCCCGGCUGCAAGAAGAGAUACAAGAAUGUGAACGGCAUCAAGUACCACGCCAAGAACGGUCACCGCACGCAGAUCCGCGUGAGGAAACCCUUCAAGUGCCGCUGCGGCAAGAGCUACAAGACCUCGCAGGGCCUGAGGCACCACACCAUCAACUUCCACCCGCCCGUCUCCACCGAGAUCCUGCGCAAGAUCCAAGGCUAGAGGCCGCCGCCCACACAACCUGGACCGGACCCGGCCCUUCCUCACCCCACCCUUUUGUCCCCCCCC